CAGCAGACUCCGAGUCCGUCCAGACUGCGCACUUCACAGCUGAGACCCGGGGCAGCCAUUUCGGUCUGACAUGGCAGAAAAACCAACUAACACGUCGGUGCCAAUACCUGGCAGUGAAGAUCCAGAGAACAUCCGCUGCUUAUCCACUCUUGGGCAUUUUGGCUUUGAAUGUUUGCCCACUCAGCUGGUGAACAAAUCAAUCCAGAAAGGAUUCUCUUUUAAUAUUCUCUGUGUGGGAGAAACUGGAAUUGGAAAAUCAACCCUGAUCAAUACACUGUUCAAUACAAAUCUAAAAGAGACCAAGUCCUCUCAUUUCUACUCGAAGGUUGGACUGACGGUAAAGACAUAUGAACUUCUGGAAAGAAAUAUUCCACUGAGAUUGACUGUUGUGAAGACAGUUGGGUAUGGUGAUCAGAUAAACAAGGAAGCCAGCUACCAGCCAGUCGUUGACUACCUAGAUGCUCAGUUUGAAGCGUACCUCCAGGAGGAGCUGAAGAUCAAGCGAUCCUUAGCUGACUAUCACGAUUCUCGCAUCCAUGUCUGCCUUUAUUUCAUCACCCCUACAGGACAUUCCCUCAAGUCCCUGGACCUGCUAACAAUGAAGAGCAUUGACAGAAGGGUGAACAUCAUACCCUUGAUUGCCAAAGCUGACUCACUUUCAAAGAACGACCUACAGAGGUUCAAGAACAACAUAAUGAGCGAGCUGAACAGCAAUGGCAUCCAGAUAUAUCAGUUCCAGGUCGAUGACGAUGCGAGUGCUCAAGUGAACAGCUCGGGGCUGUUACCGUUUGCUGUAGUAGGAAGUAUGGAGGAGGUCAAAGUUGGAAAGAGAAUGGUCAAAGGCCGCCAUUACCCCUGGGGUGUUUUGCAAGUGGAAAAUGAAAACCACUGUGACUUUGUGAAGCUCCGGGAUUUGCUUCUGUCCACUAAUAUGGAAGAUCUGAAAGAUCAAACCCACACUCAGCAUUAUGAAUGUUACAGGAGCAACAGGCUGCAGAAGCUGGGCUUCAGUGACACGGGCCCAGACAACCGGCCAGUGAGUUUUCAAGAGAUGUAUGAAGCCAAGAGACGAGAGUUCCACACUCAGUGUCAGAAGGAGGAGGAAGAACUCAAGCAGACGUUCAUGCAGCGAGUCAAGGAGAAGGAGUUGACCUUUAAGGAUGCAGAGAAGGAGCUGCAGGACAAGUUCGAGCACCUGAAGAGAAUCCAGCAAGAGGAGAUCCUGAAGCUGGAGGAAGAGAGGAGAAAAUUAGAAGAACAAAUCAUCGAUUUUUAUAAGAUGAAGGCUGCUUCUGAGUCAGCACAGGCUCAGGUGUGCACCAACAUAAAGAAGGACAAAGAUCGUAAGAAGUAAUCUCUCUCACCGUCCUGUCUGAGUUCAGAGCCCCAUUAUCCUCCAUUCAUGUACCCACUUAGCUCGGACUGAAAUUCUAAUGUUUUCAAAAAUGUUUCAGCACGUGUCAUCCUCCACGAGAGUGCCAAAUACUUGGGAGGAAGAUACGUCGUUUUUAAACAAAAUUUUAAUUGUGGGAGGAAGAUAAGUUUUUUAUUUUUUGUUUUAAACAAAACCUCAAGUGUUUAUUUUUAACCAAUGAAGGCUCGGGAGCCAGAUGCUGGCGUGAAAACCUGCUAGCUCAGAGGGGCAGAGAGAGAGUACCCAGGUGACCUUUCUUCUUGGCUAAAGUGACCCACACUGAAUUUCCCUCUCUCGUGCCAUCUCAGAUAACCUCCUUUCUACUUCCUGUGCAUCUCUCUAUCUGUGCUCCUGACUAUUUUUUUUUUCUUAAUAAUCCUAUGUUCACUUCUUGUCAACUGGCUGCUUGCUCUGCCUCUUGACUGUGGUUGACUUCAUUUAGUCCUGUCUACAAUAUUCAACUAGAUUAAAGGUAUCUGCUAAGGCUGAGCCACACUACAACUAGAAACAGG